AUGCUGGCGGACAGCCAGGAUAUGCACGAGUUGAUUCAAAAUUUUUCGUCUGGACACAUGCGGCGGGAAUCUACGAAUACAGCGAAGAUUGGUCUGAAAAAAUAUGUCGAGGAGGAGGAUAUCAAGGAAACCAUGGUCUCAAGAACUGUGCGUUUGUUCACAGGGCCGGACAUUGACACGGCGACCGGCAACAGCAUUGUGAACAAGGCCCGGCUCGCCGCCGUGAAUUUCGCAGAGUGGUGGGAUUCCUUGCUGGAGCCGGAACGCAGCGGCCGUGCGCAAGACACCCUAGAAUCCAGAUGGUUCCGGAUCAUGUCCGCCAUGGUGAUUGUGGUCAACGCCAUUGUUGUGACCUGGUUGACCGACUGGAGCUUGCAGCACAGUGGCCGCAACAUGCCUCCGGGGUUCGAGAUUGUGGACCUCGCCUUCUUGCUGUUUUAUGCCUUGGAAAUCGCGUUGAAGUUUUACGUCCACCGAGGAUAUUUCUUCGCGAAUGAGAAUGCCGCCUGGAACAUCUUCGACUUGAUUUUGGUGAUUUUCUCUUCCUUCGACGUCGCCGCCAACUGGCCCACGAGCGGCGAGGAUGAGGCGCCGCCCAACAAUCUGGGCUACAUGCGUGUUUUUCGCAUGUUUAAAUUUGCCAAGAUCUUGCGGACGAUUCGAAUAAUCGCCUUUGUACGAGAGCUCUCGAUGAUGCUGGAAAGCUUUCGGCAGUGCGUCAUCGCGAUGUUCUGGGGUCUGGUACUACUCCUGUUCCUGCUCUAUGUCUUCGCACUGGUGUUCGCACAGGGAGUCGCGAGCCACGUGGCCACGACACACGCAACCGGAGACCUGGAUGCAGACAUAAUGUUUGCCUUCGGCUCCGUGGGCACAUCUAUGCUGUCGCUCUACAUGGCCGUGACAGGAGGCAACGACUGGUCCGUCUACUACGAGGCCACCAUUGGCAUGGGCUCCUUCUAUCCGCUGGUGUUUCUGUCCUACACUUUCUUCUUCAUCUUCGCGCUCUUCAACAUUCUCACGGGUGUCUUCGUUGAGCGUGCCGUGGCUGCUGCGCUUCCAGACCGCGAGGAGCUGAUCGCUCAAGAGCGGAAGAAGAUUCUGAAGCAGGUAGAGGAUCUGCGGGCUCUCUUCAAGGCUUUGGACUCUGAUCGUUCUGGAAAGAUCUCGAAGGCAGAGUUCUUGGCAGACAUGGAAGAUGACAGGAUCGUGUCUUACAUGCACACCCUUGGGCUUGACAUGCAUGACGCCGAGCAUUUCUUCGACUUGGUCUCGAACGACAAGAACGACAAGGAAGUCGACAUCGACACUUUCAUCGAGCACUGUAUGAGCAUGAAAGGGACAGCAACAGCCAUGGACUUGCACAAGCAGAUGGUCCAGGUGAACAGGGUGCUGGACAAGCUCACUGCCUGGGAGCUCUCCAAUUGGCCGGAGCUUUUUGCUGUGCUGCAGGAGAAGCAUCGUGAAGCCUCUUGA